UUUAUUAGCUAUAGCUUUACAAAUAUAGCUUGAGUAUCAGAAGCUUGAGACAGGCUUUUGAUUUCCGCUGAUCAUCUAUGUGGCAAUUAUCGUCAGAUUCAGAGAUGAUGCCUGGUCUUAAGCAAACCACGUUUUGAGCGCAUUAAAUUAAGCAAUCAUUGUCGCCAUGGAUGAUGCAAGACAGACAAAUAAAAGUGUUGGAUUGGAAGUUGGACUACUCUGCACCACACCGUAUCCAAGUAAAGACACAGAUAAUAAGUGUUGGAUUGGAAGUGGAACUACUCUGCACCACACCUUAUCCAGAAUUUCACUCACAGGCACCGAGAUAUGAAGAUGACAAGGGCGAUGCAAUGGCAGUAAUGGAAAAUCACUUCUGAACUCUUGUGGGGGCAACUUUGCCUGCUUGUCAAGUCGAGUGUCUUUUCCAGAAGGAUGUCUGGACCUGAAGGAGAGUGUGUCUGAAGUCUCUUCAAGGCUCUUGGGAUCUCCUUACGGAUGGGUGUGGACACCCUUAUGGAUGAGCCCCUCCACCUCCAUCCCAUUCAGCCAUAGUAGCCAUAUCCUGAUUCCUGGCAGCAAGUAUGGAUGCUUUGGCACAAAUGCACUUCACCACUAUCGACUAUGUCAUAUUUGCCCUUUUGUUGGCGUCGUCCAUGGGCAUAGGGCUGUACUAUGCCCUGUCAGGGGGUCGGCAGCGCACCACUCAGGAGUUCCUGCUGGCGGACCGGAGCAUGAGCUGCCUCCCUGUGUCUCUGUCACUAAUCGCUACAUUUCAAUCAGCGGUGGCUAUAGUGGGCGUGCCAGCGGAGAUCUAUACCCAUGGCACUCAGUACUGGUUCAUAGGCUGUGCUUACAUCCUGGGGCUAUUCAUUCCAGCACACAUUUUCAUUCCUGUGUUCUACAGGCUGCAUCUUACCAGCGUUUACCAGUAUCUGGAACUGCGGUUCAGCAAACCAGUGCGUAUCUGUGGAACAGUUACCUUCAUCUUUCAGACGGUCAUAUAUAUGGCUGUUUGUGUAUACACUCCAGCCCUAGCACUCAAUGCAGUUACUGGCUUUGAUUUAUGGGGAGCAGUGCUGGCCACUGGAUUGGUGUGUACACUGUAUACAACUCUGGGAGGCCUGAAGGCAGUAAUCUGGACAGAUGUCUUCCAGACCAUAGUGAUGUUUGCUGGCCAGCUAGCGGUCAUCGUGGUGGGGGUCCAGCAGACUGGGGGGGUGGCAGAGGUCUGGAGGAAGGUCUCAGAGGGGAACCGCAUCUCCGGCAUAGACCUGAACCCUGACCCUACAGUGGAGUACACGUUCUGGACCCUGGGAGUGGGGGGGGUCUUCCUGAUGUUGUCUCUGUACGGGGUCAACCAGGCCCAGGUCCAGAGAUACCUCAGCGCCAAGACCGAGAGGGACGCCAUCAUGUCUUGCUACAUGGUGUUUCCCUCUCUACAGUUAGCUCUAGCUCUGAGCUGUGUCAUGGGGCUUGUCAUGUUUGCACGCUACUGUGGGGAGGAUCAUUUCCACAAUCUAGGUGUCUUAUCAAAAAAUGAGAUGGUGUUGUACUUUGUGAUGGACAUGCUGCAGGGUCUACCUGGCCUGUCUGGACUGUUUAUCUCCUGCCUGUUUAGUGCAGCUCUCAGCACCAUUUCAUCAGCCUUUAACUCUCUGGCCACAGUGACCAUGGAGGAUCUGAUCAAACCACACUGCCCCUCCAUGACAGACGCCAGGGCCACCCUGCUCUCCAAGGGACUGGCAUGUUCAUAUGGACUGCUGUGUCUGGCCAUGGCCUAUCUCACCCACUUGAUGACUGAUUCCGUUUUGCAGACUGCUUUCAAAAUAUUUGGAAUGGUUGGUGGUCCUCUUCUGGGCGUCUUCUCUCUCGGGUUGUUCUUUCCUUGGGCUAACUCUACCGGUGCCCUGGUAGGGUUGGGGUCAGGCCUGGCGAUGGCCUUCUGGGUGGGCAUCGGGAGCAUCGUAACCAGUACCUCUGGAGGUCUUGCUGCUGUGUCUCAGUUCAACUGUACUGCUGUACAACUCUCAGGGAACAUCACCACAGCCAUGGGGACAGCACUCAUCAGUACUGCAAUGCCCACCGCUACACACAGCCGACCAAUGGGUCUGCAGAGGUUCUACUCCUUGUCCUUCAUGUGGUACAGUGCUCUCAACUCCUUCACUGUGGUGAUCACAGGGUUGGUUGUUAGCUUUCUCACAGGACCAAUGAAAGCGGAGGAGGUGACCCCAGGCACUCUUUAUCCCCUGUUGGGCAACAUGCUGUUCUUCGUACCAGAUAAACUCAAACAGAAGCUGUGCUGCGUCACCCCACUGGGGCAUGGGCCAACCAUCCAGGAAUGUCCACCUGCUCAACACGAGAGAAAUGGCCAGGCCGUCUACACAGAGGAGAGGCAAAGCUUUCUUCUUACCUCCCACACACCUGUUGUGGAACAUGAGACAGCGCUGUGAUGAACAGACUCUUCCACAACCACGUUAUAUCACGGUCCUCUGGGCAGUGAAAUGGUCCACACACUGUAUCAUGGUUCUGUUCUGAGGAGAUGAUGCUCUGAGAGGAGAAGUGUUGUUGGGAGGUAUUUUGCUCCAGAUUAAGCAAGGCACUACUAUGGCUGCACUGGUACUGUACAUGUCUAGCGUGCAUGACGCCUGAACAAGACCAAAGAAACCUACAGUAUUACUAAAAUCAACGAUAAACCCAAGGCCAUGUUAAUGUAUACUUUUGGAGACAAUCAGAUUUGAAUGGACCAUUUGUUUUGCUACAAGGUAUGAAAUGAAGACAUAUCAAGGGGCAUAACUCCUGAGGAAACACACAGAACUACUUGAGUACUGCUGGUUAUCGCUGUGCGCCAGUCAAUGAGAAAAUAGCUUUCUGUUAUUUGUGGAACUGAGUACUUGUUCUUUCAAUAAUGUGUUCCGGUGGGCGACUUUGUCAUGUUGGCCUGGUGUCUCUAAGUAGGUAUGGCAACAAAAUAUCUUCAAACGAUACUUGAGACAUUUUCAUUGCUUCGAAAAUGAGAAAAUAAACAUUUUUAAUAGUA